AUGUCUCCCCAUAUUGAGUCUUCAAUUGGUUUUGCUUUUGACAUUCCUUUCCCAGGGAAUAUCGAAAAUGGUCCAAUCUCUGCUGAUGAUACUCUUCGCUCUUCUCUCCUCCCAUGUAUGAUCGAUGUCGCUAAAUUGUUGAAGAAAUGA